AGAGUAGUUCCAAAACACAUCAAUGGCUAUAGUGUUUGUUGUCAAAUGUUAUUGUUUUGAUAUAACGGUUUAAGUGGUGUUUUCCCUGCACUAGUAUUGUAUAAUAGUAUUACUGGACUUUUUUCCAAUAUUACUUGUUAUUAGUUUAUUUUAUGAUGUCGAUUAAAGUGAUUUCGCCCUAUACCAUCAAAAAAUCUGUGGUAAUUCCUGCACCACCUAAACGAGUUUUUAAAGUUAUCGUCGUAGGAGACUCAAAUGUCGGAAAGACUUCCUUAACGUAUAGAUUUUGUGAAGGUAAAUUUCUCGAAACCUCAGAGGCAACUAUUGGCGUAGAUUUUCGGGAGAGAAUUCUAGUUAUUGAUGGUGAAGAAAUAAAGUUGCAGCUAUGGGAUACUGCAGGGCAAGAGAGGUUUCGAAAGUCAAUGAUUGCCCACUACUACAGAAAUGCACAUGCAGUUAUUUUUAUGUAUGAUGUAACAAAUAGAGCAUCGUUUUUAUCUAUUGAGCAUUGGAUACAGGAGUGUGAUAGCAAUUGUUUUACUGAUAUUCCCAGGAUUCUUGUAGGAAAUAAAUGUGAUGGUAACGCAGCAGUAACAACUGAUGAAGCCCAAAGAUUAGCAGAUAAAUAUAAUAUGCCAUUGUUUGAGACAUCUGCAAGACUGGAUUCUGAAAAUGACAAUGUAGAAGCAAUAUUUUUAACUUUAGCACAUAAGUUAAAGAACCAGAAACUGUUUUUACCAUUAUCAUCAGUAACUACUACAAAUGUCAGACCUCAACAAGUUCAUAAUGAUAGCUCUUGUUAUUGUUAAAGACUGGUAUUAUUUUAUUUUUUGUUUCAUCUCUAACUUUUUAAUACUCUUAAGGGACUGGAGAUACUGUUGUGUCAUUUAAUUAGUAACAAUAACAAUUAAAGAACAUAAACGUCAAUAACUUCACCAUAACAAUAAUGAAUGAAUAAAAAAGGCUAGCAGCUGUAACAAUGGAAGAAUAAGAAUUGCUGACAAUAUUAACAAUAUUUCAACAAUGGGGAACUAAAAAUGGCUGACAGCAGCAAUAAUUAAGAAAUAAGAAUGGCCGACAACAGCAACAAUACUGCAACAAUGGUGAAAUAAAAAUGGAAGACUUAAUAAUCCAAAUUGCACGAGUUAACCAUUUAGUCUUAAAUAAAAGCUUACACUUCUUGAAAAAAGAUAGGGUAUGUUUUUUGGCACGCCAAAGUUGAAAUUAUUGUCAUCAUAUUCGUGCAACUCCAGUUUCUCCUUUAGAAAUGAAAUUAUGGAAAAAUAGACAAUCUAAUUUGUCAUCAUUGACAACUACUUAAAUAAGGUACUGAUUUUUAUUGCAUUAAAUAUAAGUGUAAAAGUAAUUGCAUGAAUAAUCUGUAGUAUUAUUUGGUUUAAGUGAAGUUAUCUUUGCAUUUUUAUCUUAUAAAUACCUUUAUUUUUUUGUCAAAAUGUAAUAAAUAAAUGUUAUAGUUA